AUGAAGGCAAAAGCAUCAUCAAGUAGCAGUGGAGGAGGAGAUGGGAUGAACGGAUCAAUUACAGAAAGAGUAGCAUUAAGGAGUGCAAGUGAAAAAGAGAAAACAAAGAUGAGAGAAAGGCAAAGAAGAGCUAUAACAACUAAAAUAUUCACUGGUCUUAGGAAACAUGGUGGUUAUAAUCUACCCCCAAGAUCUGAUAUUAAUGAUGUUCUUCGUCAACUUGCUCGUGAAGCUGGUUGGUUUAUAGAACCUGAUGGUACCACUUAUCGCGUUCAAAAUCAUCAUCAACAACUUUCUGCUGCUAAUCCCCAUUUCAAUACCACCACCACCACCACCAUUACUACCCCAACAUCAUCUUCACUGAGCCAACAGCAGCAACAGUAUUACUACUAUUGCAGUACUACUAGUGGUACUCCAACUCCUACUAGUAGUUUUGGAGGCGGGUCAGGUGAAUGUUCUACUACUGCUUCUCCUCAUCAUCACCAUUCAACACCAGCACCUCUAUUACCACCACCACCACUGCCACCUGUCGGAUCUCUGAACAACCAAACACCAGAUAACCAGAUUUUCUCUCCAGCUACUACUAAUGAAAAUGGUGAUAACGGUGUUCAUCCGAGUUCUGUCUACUUUGGUAUGCCUAGUUACUACAACAACUGCGAUGUCGGUAUUAAUGGACAGAUGAACAUUGGUACUACUACCAAUACUGCAGAGAUGUCGUCAAUGGAGAUGCCACAGCCACUACCAAAUUUACAACAACUGUAUUACUUCCAACAGCAGCAACAUGAAGAUCAUCAGGAGACCCUAGCAUCAAAUCUGAACACACCAAUAGCAUCCCCUCAACAUCAGUCUUCUACUCUAGCCUGA